AGGAUUCAGUCUACACUGCUUACAGUGCUUGAGGGAGCUUGAAAAGCUGUCUAACUGAAGAAGGUCAAUCAGGAAAUGUGAACAUGAACAGCCCCGGGAUUCAGCAGGCCUCUCGGACCACUUUGAACACAGACAGCCUUGGAACUCAGGUAUCCCAGCCUAGUGUGAACACAGGAAAAACACUAAAUACCAUGCCUGUUCACCAAAAUACUACAGAUGCUGACUCUAGCACAAAUGUUAUGAACCGUUCAAUUGGCAGCAAUCCUAGCAUUCUGAUUAAUCUGAACAAUGGUGUUCAAAGUGCUGCUACUCUUAAUCAGCUUGUAAAUAACAAAACAUUACCUGUGGACACUUCAAAAACAGUUGGACCUGCCGAUGUGGAGGUUACAGAGCAGAGCUUUUCAGUUAUUAUUCAACCAGUUCAGACAUUGGACCCACCACCACCAGUCCAAAAUUUUAACCAAACACCAGAACUGGAAAAUGUUCAAGUGAAAAUAGAGGAAAGCUCAGUUGUUGAUGAACUCCAGUCCUCCAUCCCUAUGAGUGAAGAAGGAAGGGUUGAAAAUAGUCUUGUUGCAGUUAGUAAAGGUCCAAAUGAAGAUUUAACAGACAAUAGUAGCAAAGAUAAAAUGAAUGAAACUGGCUUCAAGUUUUUCAAGUGUGGAAUUUGUGAUGAGGGUUUUAGUGAUUCAUUAGAUCUAGAGACGCAUGUUCGACAGCACAAGAUAUUCCAAAGUGAAAUCAUAAAAUGUGGGUAUUGUGAAGAGAGUUUCUCUUUUAAAACUGAUGCAUCACACCAUCUGAGGUGUAUCCAUGGUAUUAUUUGUGAGAAACCAAAAGUUGGAAUGGAAGAAGUUAAUUUACCAACUUAUGAGAGUGAGGGAAAAUCUGUGAAAAUCAUUCGAGUCAUUCAAACAAAAAUACCAAAAUGUGGGAUUUGUGGAAGAAUAUUCCAAAAUUUGGAGAGCUUUACACAACACAAAAAGAACAGCAGUUGUGCUUAUGUUUGGUAUUGUUGUGUUUCUUGUGGGCAACCAGUUGGGAAAGAAACUCGUGAAGAAGUACCACUCUCAAAAGAGUUAAUAUGCAAACUGUGUCAUAAGUCAGGGAACCAGUCAAAAGAGUUAAUAUGCAAUCUGUGUUAUAAGUCAGGGAACCAGCCAAAAGAGUUAAUAUGUAAUCUGUGUCAUCAGUCAGGGAACCAGUCAAAAGAGUUAAUAUGUAAUCUGUGUCAUAAGUCAGGGAGCCAGCCAAAAGAGAACACAGAUACCAUCAUGCAGCAAAACAAGCAAGGAAAUGAAAUGAUUUUAGGAUUAGUGCAACCAAGUAUUGUAGGUUCUGGUUGUAAUAAGUGUAGAAAGAAAGAGAAAAACAAACAAGGAGAUGAAAUGAUUUUAGGGGCUGUGCAGCCAAGUAUUGUAGGUUCUGGUUUUAAUAAGUGUAGAAAGAAAGAGCAAAGCAAAAAGGGAGAUGAAAUGAUUUUAGAUGCUGUAAGUUAUUUUGUGAGUUGUGAUUCAAAGCAUGCGGAUCAAAAUAAACAAGGAGAUGAAAUGAUGAUAGAUGCAGUGCAGCAACCAAGUAAUGUGCCUUUGGGUGGUAAAACGUGUAAGAAGAAAGUGAAAGAGUUUUACAAUUGUUUGGAUUGUCGGAAAUCUUUUACAAAAAAAUGUUCAUAUGUGAUGCACCUGAAAAUGUCGCACAGUACCGCAAAACAGUAUAAAUGUGAUUUGUGUGAGCGGGCCUAUAUGUAUCCCACUUCUCUGAGAUUACACAAACUUUCACACUCAAGUAUGGAAACAUUUGCAUGUGAUAAGUGUCCGAAAACAUUCAAAUUAAAGGAGGUUCUUAAAAGACAUCAGAGAGUACAUGAGCCUGCAAGGUUUCCGUGUGAUGUAUGUGGUAAGAAAUUGAGGUGGAAAUCUCGGUUCAUAGAACAUAAGAGACUACACAGUGGUGAAAAGCCAUUUCUCUGUGAGGUCUGUGGGAAAAGAUUUCAUAGUUGGAUGUCCAGAUUUUCUCACAUGGAUACCCACAACUCCUCAAGCAAGAGACUGUGCGAGAUUUGUGGGAAACUCUACAUGUGUGCUUCUUCUUUGCGACUUCAUCAGAUAAGGCACAAAAUCAAUAACAGUUCAAGCGUGGAAGAAAAACUGCUCAUUGUACCAUGGGUUUGCAAGAUUUGUGGCAAAGGCUUUUGUAAAAGGUUGCCAUAUGAAAAGCACAAAUUAAAUGUACAUGAGAGUAAAAACAAGAGUGGUCAUUUAGAAGAGAAAAUUCCUGAUAGUCAAAUCAGAUGUGACAUUUGUGGAAAAUCUUUCUCCACUAGAUGGACUCUUUUAUCUCAUAUUGCUCUCCAUAAAGGACUGAUGUGGACUGCCUGUGAGAAGUGCAAUAUGGUAAUGCAUAAACACUCUUUGAAAAGGCAUAUGUUAAGAAUGCACAGAACAAAUGUAUAACUAUAUGACUAUUGACCAAUUUGAUGUUAACAAGUUACUAAUAUUACUUAUUAAGUUAAUGUAUAUGUUAGAAAUAAA